GUAGUAGUCUAAGAAGCCACAACAAACAGACAAACACACAGUUGAAGAAGAAGAAAAUCUCACAAACAUAGAGCUCAGGCACUUACGCUCACACACAUACAUAUAGAAAUACCUGCACACUGUGCUCUCUUCCAGUUGUCCGCGCUGUGUGCGUGUAUGUGUGAGAGAAAGAGACAGACAUAGAGCGAGAGAGAGAGAGAGCAAUGAUGAGUUCGGCGCCUAAGCGCAUCAGCAGCAGGAAUAACAAUUAAAAUAAACGCGCAAAAUGUUGCAGGCGCAUAGCGACGCCAGCAGCACAACAACGACAACAACAACAACAACUAGAAAUAGCGCUGAGAGCACAGACAGCGUCGCAGCUUCAACGCCAACGCAAGAGGAGAAAACACAACGUCGACGCUCCACCUUCUACGUACCGUUGGUCAUCGAGGACGACGACAACGUUGACGUUCAGCAGCAACAGCGCCAUCUAGCGCCACACGGCGGCAGCAGCUCUAGUUUGAGCAGCAACAGCUGGAAAAAAGGCAACGCAGUUAAAGCGGCUGAGCGUAAAUCUAACGGUAGCAGCAGCAGCAGCGGCGGCAGCAAAAUGUCACCGCCUUGCGGCUUUAAUUGGAGCAUUAGCGGCAGCGACGUCGCUGCUCAGUAUUCAGAUUCUGAUGACGAGGAUCAGCCGCAGCUGCAGCAGCGCCAGCGCCAACAAUUAUUAAAGUCUGCAACUACAUCAGGAGCAUCUACAACGACGCCAGCGUCCAACGCCAAGCUCAAGCGCUAUGGUAUUGUGCUGAAUGUGAUCAGCCUUAAUGGCAGCGGCAGUGGCAGCGGCGCUGACGAUAGCAGCGGCAGCGUUGAGCCUUUAGGUAAUAUGCCGCCAGAUGGCGCCAGGUGUGCGCCACGCACUCAUUUUAAUGAAGAUAACGACAUUGUGAUGGCAACGCCGCCCAAACAGCAGGCGCUCUCGCUCUCACCCGCACACUCGCGUCAAUCGUCAGCGGCCGCCGACGUCGCUGCCGUAGGCUCCGUCGCCGUUGUCGACGACGAUGACUCAGAGAUAAGCCGCAUGCAGACAAACACCUCAACGCCCAUUAAGCUAAUGAAGUCGCGUUCGCGCACAAACAUUUUGGCUGUGCCGUUGCCCAGUGUGGAGCGCAGUCUGGCAACGACGUCAUCAUCAGCAGCAGCAGCUGGAACGACAACUGCAAAAACAACAACAACGUUAAUCACGCUGCGCGCUAAGGCAAAAACGUUGCCGCAGAACCUUUCGCCGUCAGUUGCACUGCGCGAGGCGGCCGCGCUGGAUGACACAGCGCACUAUUACAACAACAACAACAACAAUAACAAACAACAGCAGCAGCAACCACAGCAUCAAACAUUGCCGCAACGUCAGCUGUUUGGCGGCAGCAGCAACAACUGCGCUGGCUCCGGCUGUGGUUCCGUUUCUAGUUCCACAACGCCCUACAAGUUGCAGAGCAGCGCCUCAGCUGCGUCCAUUUUAACGCACAGCUUUCCGCCUAAGAAUCUGUUCCUACUGAAAUCGACGCCCAAGCUAACAGUGGACGCCACACCUCCGCCAACGCCCAUCACUUCACCGCCAAAAAAGUCGCUCAGCUUCAUACGCCGCGCUCACUCCACAAAAUUGUCGCGCAGCAAUUCGCUGCUGAAAACGAUUGGAAGUGGUGGAGCAGGCGCCGGCGCAGCGUCGUCAUCGGCGCAUCAGUCGCUGCAGCAGCAUCACGGCAUGGCGCACGGCACAGCGCUGUCGGCGUCGAGCAGCUGCGCCAGCGACACGGGCAGCUGGGGCAAGCACUUCUACCUGAGCUACGACGUCUGCCCGCUGGGCUUGGACGAGCUAAGCGCCUACUUCCAGACCGAUCACUGCGAGCGGCUCAUCUGCGAGCGUUUCAUGCUGAAGGAUCUCCACCUGUACUCGACGACCAACACCUCAAUUGUGGCAGCAACUGAGACAGAAGCCUCCCAAUCGGUGUCGGAGCAGCAGGGCAAUGCAGCAGCAGCGGCAGACGAUGAUGCGGGACAUCAUUCUGAUACUUCAUAUGAGAAGGCCUGUCGACGCGGCUCGGCGCCCACAACGCCCAUUUUGGGCAGCAAACAGCAUCAGCCGGAGCAUAAUGCCGCCUCGCGCUUUACCAAUUUCUUCUCGAAGAGAUCGAAUCCUCUCAAGCGCACAAAGUCAGUCACCAAAUUGGAGCGCACCAAGCGCGGAUCGGGUGGCCUGCGCGGCUCGCGCUCUCACGAGAGCCUGCUCUCCAGUCAUGCAGUCAUGUCCACCAUUGAUUUGUCAUGCAGCGGCGCUGUGGGCGUGGCGCCCGUGCAUCAGUCGGUGCUGGGCCGGCGGCACUGCUUCCAGGUGCGCGGCGGACCGCGUGGCGAGCGUUACUAUUCGUGCGGCUCGCGGCAGGAGCGAGACCUGUGGAUCUACUCGCUGCGCAAGUCGAUCGCACCGAACGCGGAGCACACACGCCGCACGGACAACUCGCUCAAGUUGUGGGUCUACGAGGCAAAGAAUUUGCCAGCGAAAAAGAAAUACUUUUGCGAGCUGCAGCUCGACAAGACGCUGUACGGCCGGACGAGCGUUAAGCUGCAAACGGAUCUGCUAUUCUGGGGCGAGUACUUCGACUUCCCGGACAUACCCGAGAUCAACGUGAUUACGGUCAAUGUAUUUCGCGAGGUCGACAAGAAGAAGAAGCGCGACAAGUACCAGUUCGUGGGGUCAGUUAAGAUACCCGUCCACGAGGUAACAUCGCGGCUCAUCUGCGAGGACUGGUACCCCAUACUGAGCGACAAGGCCGGCGACAGCCUCGGCCGCAGCGGCAUGGGCAAGGACAAGGAGAGGGAGCUGCAGCCGACGCUGCGGAUCAAGUGCCGCUUCCAGAGCACCGACAUCCUGCCCAUCAAUGUCUAUGGCAACUUCCUGGCCUACCUCAAGGAGAACUACAAGCGCGUCUGCGAGACACUGGAGCCAGUGAUUGGGGUCAAGGCCAAGGAGGACAUUGGCCAGGCGCUGGUGCUGCUGAUGCAUGCGCAGGGCUUGGCCGGCGCCUUCCUCACCGACGUCGUGGCCCUCGAUCUGCUGCGCGUGGGCGAUCAGCGUCUGACCUUCCGCGGCAACUCGCUGGCCACCAAGAGCAUGGAGGCGUUUCUGAAGCUGACCGGCGAGCAGUAUCUGCAGGACACGCUCUCGGCGCCCAUCAACGAGCUCAUCCAGUCCGACCGCGACUGCGAGGUGGAUCCCACCAAGACGAGCGGCUCCUCGGCUGGCUCGCUGCAGCGCCAGCAGACGGCGUUGCGCACCGCCGUGCGCAGUGCCUGGCAAUGCAUUUACGAAUCGCACAAGCAUUUUCCGCCGCAGCUGCGCGCCUGCUUCGCCACGUUCCGGGAGCGCUUGCAGCAGCUGGGCCGCCUGGACAUGGCUGACAACCUGAUCUCGGCCAGCAUAUUCUUGCGCUUCCUCUGCCCGGCGAUCCUGUCGCCCUCGCUGUUCAACAUUACCAGCGAGCUGCCGUCGGCGCGUGCCACACGCAACUUGACGCUGGUGGCCAAGACGCUGCAGACGCUGGCGAACUUCACGCGCUUCCAGGGCAAGGAGAACUUCAUGGAGUUCCUCAACGAUUUCCUGGAGCAGGAGGCUGCGCGCAUGCAGCAGUUCUUGGAGUACAUCUCGACGCGGCCCGACCACGCCACGCCCAACUCCAUCCUGGACUGGGCGGGCUACAUAGAUCAGGGCAAGCAGCUGUCCAUCCUGCACAGCCUGCUCAGCGAGAGCCUGGCCAAGCUGCCGGAGGCGCGCCAGCACGAGCUCGACCCGCUGCAGCACAUACUCGACGACAUUAGCCGCGCCAAGGAGCUAUCGGCGGGACAUGCCCUAGCCUCCGGCUACCUGCCCACGGUCAUGUCCACGCACAGCAUUGCCAGUGAGAACCAAGAGAAUCGUCAGCCGGAUGCAGCUGCUGGCUCUGGCAUGGUGCCCAGCAGCUCCAGCAGCUCGCUGCAGCAGCAGCAGCAGCAGCAGCAGAUGCAGCAGCAGCAGCAGCAGCAGCAACUAGCUCAGCCACAGCAUGCGGUGGUCAGCAAGCCGCUGCCUGCAGAGCGUGGCAUUAUGCGAGGUGUGCUGACGCCUAGCGCAUUGGAGAAGAACAUAUUCCGCUACAAUGAUCCCACGGUGAACGUGCGUCUGCAGCAGCAGCAGCAGCAGCAAUUGGAGCAGCAACACUCGCAUCAGCUGCUAUCCAACUCGCAGAGCUCGAUCGCUGGCACAGCUGGCGCUGGAGGUGGUGCGGGUGGUGCUGGCUACAUGAGCAGUCCGGUGCUGCAGCACGCCCAGUCGCAGAGCUCGAUGGCGUCUUCCUCGUUGAAUGGCAGCAGCAGCAAUCUGCUGCAUCCGCAUCAGCAUCAGCAUCAGCAGCAUCCCGCCCAGCAUCUCAACCAGCACUGCCCGCCGGCGCCGCAGACGAGCGCCGCCAGCACCAUGGAGCGCUUGGAGCGCAUGGAGCGACUUGGCCAGACCUAUCAGUAUGUGGUCAACCACAAUGGCAACAGCAAUGGCAGUGGCAGUGGCAACGGCAACGGCAACGGCAAUGGCAACGCUGACUACGACAGCUCCACGGGUGGCAGCUCCCGGGCGCGUACCUUGCCCCGCAACAACAACAACAACAACAAUGGCGGCGGCAACGGCAGCAACAGCAACCAGAGCGGCAGCUACGACGACAUGCACGGCGAGUUUAUCCAAAUCUCUGGCCUCGACACGAGCAGCGCUUUUGUGCGCAAGUCGCCAACGCCGCUGCUGAAGGCGGGCGCGGCAGCGGCAGCGGGAGCGGCUCCGCGUGGCACGCGCAUCAAUCGUCACAACUUGAACCUGAAUCUGGGCAUACCCGACCACUCGGCCCCUCACAAUUACGCGCGUGCGCCGCUCAACGCCAACUCGAAUAUGCCCAAGAAUCUGGAGGAUCUCGACGAUCUGUUCAAGUACGCCGAGGAGCAGGACGUGAUCGUGGAGCCACAGCCGAGCGGCAGUCACGCCCACGCCCACGGCCAUGGCCAUGGCCACGGCCACGCCCACAACAAGCAGCAGCUGUCGGCGAAGAGCAGCCACUGCAGCUCCGGCUAUCAGAGCAUCUCCACGAAUCCCUCCCCCGCACAGUCCUCCAGUCCGGUUGAGGGCCAGUUGCAGCAGUCGCAGCCCCAGCCGCAAUCGGCGCAUAAGCUCGGCGCUCCGCUGGCCUUCAAGAAUCCCUCGUAUCAGCUGCAGAGCAGCGUGCCCACUGCCUCGAAUCGUGGCCCGCCCACGCCACAGCAGCAGCAGCAGCAGCAGACGACGCCGUUUGGCGGCCGUGUGAAGCUAAUGGGAGCCGGCCUGGUGGCGGCACGGGCUGCCUACUUGAACAGCGGCGGCACCUUGGACGCGGCCACCUUGACGCCCAGCUCCUCGGACGAGCAGCUGUCGACGGACAAUCACUACAGCUAUGCGGCGGCAGCGGCUGCCGGCGCCAAUGUCGUCAACAAGUUGGAAGCGCAGCGCUCGCUCAGCGGCGGCAGCAGCUCCUCCAACUCCAACUCGAGCAAGCCGACCCACGCCUACGGCCGUCUUAACGGGCCGCUCAAGCGCGAGGACGUCUACGGCAGCGCCUCCGGCAUGCCCGUAACUUAUGCCAUGUCCACGCACCAGCAACAGCAGCAGCAGCAGCAGCAACAACAGCAACAGCUGCAGCAGCAUUACCAUCACCAUCCCCACCAGCAGCAGCAGCAGCAGCAGCAGUUGCAGCAGGAUCACAAGCAAUACGCCAGCAGCGGCGGCGGAGCCAGCAGCACGGCGACAUCCAGCACGGCGGUGGCUCAGCGCCGACUCAGUCUCGACUCGGCGCGAACGCUCUCCGACAGCAGCACCGAUACGGAGGGUCACUGCGCACAGCUGCAGGAGGGAAAACGACGUCGCCAGCUGCGCAGCAACGCCAACAGCGGGCUUGGCGGCGGCGCUGGCGUCUCGGUCUCGGUGUCGGUGUCGGAUUCCUCGGGCUUGAGCAGGGGCUACGAUCAGAACGGCGAGAUCCAGCUGCUGCAGGAGACACUGGACACGCUGCGUCACACUCUGGACCGCGACGAGGCGGAGCUGCGGGACUCCAGCGAUGAGCUGUUCGCCCUGCAGCGACCAGGAGGAGCAGGAGGCGGAAGUGGGGGCAACGGCGUCAGCAAUCUGAGCCUGCAGUCGGAGUCGACCAUGCGCAGCAUUAUUGACAGGCAAACCCUUUGCAGGCUUAUCACCAUGGAGGAGGAGUUGCGGCGCGAGCAGCUGAAGAUGUCGCUCGCCCUGUCGCACAAGCAGCGCGUCAUCGAGGAGCAGGGACAGCAGAUAGCGGCGCUCGAUGCCGCCAACAGUCGGCUGCUGAGUGCGCUGACAGCGCUGCGCCAGCGCUACGAGACGCAGCAGCAGCAGCAGCAGCAACAACAGCAGCAGCAGCAGCAGCAGCAACAGCAGUAAGCACCAAAGAACCAGAAGCCACAGUGAACGAACGUUUGGAGCGGAGGAGCGGGCGGAAGCAGGGGCGACAGCAGCGGCAAGUGGGUGGUGCGUGGUGGAUGGUUGCAUGUAGAGUAGCUACAGUCCCAACACACACACACAAACGCAAGUUGAGCCGCCGUUGCCGUCGUGUUUUUUUAUUGU